UAUAGAUCUUACAUUCCUUACAAUGUACACUUUUUAUUCUUAUACAUUGUAAUGAUAUUUGGUUUCUUGUUUUUCUACGCCCUCGCGUCCUCUUGUCCUUUUAUCUCUUUACUAUCCGGAUUUUCCGUGUCCACCCCCUAAAUGCCAAUAAUAUGUCUACCAUCGACACCGCUUCUACUGCUAACAUAAGUGUAGAUUAUGACUACAUUAUCGUUGGAGCAGGAACAUCUGGGCUCGUGGUUGCGUCAAGGUUGGCCGAAGAGAAAGAUGUUCGCGUCUUGGUUCUUGAAGCUGGUGCGAACCGCCUAAGAGAUCCGAAAAUCUCGAUUCAAAGUCUUGCCGCUGCGACGUAUUUUGACCCGGACUAUGAUUGGUGUAUCACUACAGAACCUCAAGUAGGACUUAACAACCGUAGGCUAGCACAGCCUCUAGGUAAAACUUUGGGUGGUUCAUCAGCUAUCAACCUAGGAAUGGUUAUAUAUCCGUCUAAGUCCGGCUUUGAUACGUGGGAAAGAUUAGGAAAUCCAGGCUGGGGAUGGAAGACUAUGGAAAGUUACUUCCACAGGUUCCAUACAUUCACCGAGCCUCAAGCGAAGCUCAAAGAGGAGUUUAUGCUUGAUUACUUGAAUGGCGUUCACGGCACAGAUGGGCCCAUUCAGAUCUCUUACGGGAACGAGGAAGGUUUCCCCCCCUUUUCCCAAGCUUGGCCCCGGGCAUGGUCCACUCUAUGCAAGCCUAUCGACGGCGAUCCUAUCGCUGGUAUGUCUAUCGGGGCUUUCAACAAUGCUGCCACGCUUCAUCCAACAACUAGAGAGAGGAGCCAUGCCGGAAAUGCGUACUUUUCAGACAAAGUCGCUCAACGACCAAACCUACGCGUCAUCACAGAAUCACUCGUUGAGAAAAUUAUCUUUGUUAAACGGACUAUUGGUCCUGACAAGCUUCGGGCCACUGGAGUCGCAUUCGUUGGGAAAGAUGGCCGGAGACGGCAGGUUUCUGCCACGCGUGAGGUGGUUCUGGCGGCUGGCGCAGUCAAGUCGCCUCAACUGCUCGAGCUCUCAGGAAUUGGUAGGAAGGAUAUACUUGAAAAGUACGGGAUUGACUGCCUUCUAGACAAUCCUAAUGUUGGCGAAAACUUCCAGGAUCAUGGUUUCGUACCGUUUUCUUGGGAGGUAACCGACCCGAUAACGUCUGGCGAUCAGAUGCGAAACCCAAGAGUCGUCGAAGCGGCCAUGGCGGCUUAUCAGGAGGCUAUAGCAGGUCCCUUGUCUAUAAACGCAUUCGCAUCGGCCUUUUUCCCGCUCCAGGACGAAAGUCUUGCACCCGUAUCUGUCAGCCAGCUCCUUUCAGACCUUGGCCAAGCAGAGGCCGAGCCUAGAGUUCUCCGUGAGCAGAUAUGUACCCCUGAUGACUGCUCAGCACAAUUCACUCUCGCACCGUUUCAGCUGAAUCCUUUGCCGGGAGACAAUCCUUCCCAGAUAUUCGGCCUUGGUACCGAAGGCUUCUAUGUGUCCAUUGUAGCUGUUCUGAGUCACCCAUUCAGUCGCGGAUCAGUGCAUAUACAAUCAGCUGAUGCACGCUCCUCACCCGUUGUCGAUCCGCGUGCUAUGUCUCACCCGCUAGACUUAGAGCUACACGCGCGGCACGUGCUUCUUCUCGAGAAAAUCCGUGACACUCCGCCGCUACGAGAGCUAUUCAAAGAGGGCGGGCGGCGUUUACAUAAUGGCGGGCAGAGGGUUGAGACACUAGACCAGGCAAAGGAAGCGGUUAAGAACGGAUAUACACCACAUUACCAUGUAUGCGGAACGACAGCCAUGAUGCCUCGAGAAUCGGGUGGUGUGGUGGAUUCGAGCCUAAGGGUCUACGGGGUGGAGGGCUUAAGAAUUGUCGAUGCGAGCGUGUUUCCACUAAUUCCGAGAGGGAAUAUUCAAAGUUCAGUGUAUGCGGUUGCUGAGAAAGCUGCUGAUCUCAUUAGGGCAAGUUAGCAGGAGAGGGGAGCGACGAUAAGUUCAAUAAAGUUUAUAGACCAGUAUACAUCAACGCGCGCGUCGCUAUGACAACCCAACGGGCGCAUCUGCGCUGCAUGUUUAGUAUUAUUUCUUGCUUAGUUAAAUUUUAU